AUGGAAGACACCGUGAGUGUGACAUGUAGUAGCAAUCAAGAAAUGUACAACGCUGAUGCAGUCGCAACUUGUGGAGUGCUCAAAGUUAUUAACAGCACUGACGACUUCGAGUGGUACCACAAACAAGGAAAAUAUGGCGAUUCGCAGGUUGGGAAUGGACGGGUGUUAGCAAGCUUCUAUACGAGGGUGUUUUGUGAUUCUCCGUAUGAACCAGUUGCAUUUAGUGAAAACAAUCCACCUAUUUAUCUCGACAAUCUCCCUGUCAUUUACUGUGAUUCGAAUCCAAUGACCAACAAGUCAGGAGUCUGGGUUACACAUGGGAUUCAGCUGAUUAAUCCUGCUACAGGAUGCAUGAAAAUUACAGAUGGAUAA